AUGCCCAAUGAUGAAGAAGAAGAACCUUUAUUCCUUGAAGAAGAAGAGGUUGCUCCUGUUGAUCCUACGAAGAUUGUGGUAAAGUAUGAUUUUAAUGACAAGAAGGCAUUUAAGAAACAUCUUAGAGGUUACUGUGUAAAACAAAAUUGUCAAUACAAGACAUAUAAGAGUGACAAAAAAAGGCUAAGAGUCAGUUGUAGGUUUAGGGAAGAGUAUGGUUGUAACUGGUUUGUGAAUAGCAUAAAAAGGCAUGAUUCCACUUUUAUUGUUAGGAAGGUAAAUCUAGAACAUACUUGUGUUGGUAAUCCAAAGAGUUUUAACAGAUCUGCAGAUCCUGAGUUUGUGAAAGAGGUUGUACAUGAUAAGCUAAAGCAGACAGCUGGGGCCUUAAUUCCAAAGCCUGGACACAUUGCAAGGGACUUUUUUGUUACUCAUAGCAUCAACAUACCAUAUAUUUUUGCAUGGAAGGCAAGAAAUCUUAUUUUAGAAGAUUUGUUUGAUAAGGCAUUCAUGAGCAUGACUAUUUCUUUUGCUGCACUAAUGAGAAGAUGGAAGAAAUCUGGAAGAUCAGUCAUAGGGUUAGAUGCAUGCCAUCUAACUGGAAAGCGUGGUGGUGUUCUAAUGGCUGCAACAUCACUUGAUGGUCAGAACAAUCUUGUUCCUUUAGGCAUUAAGGCCUGUCAGAGUGAAACUAAGGAGAACUGGACUGGAUUCCUCAAGGACUUAGCUCCAAUGAUCAAUGCACAUCAUGCUGGCAGAAUUACUUUUAUUUCUGAUAGGCAGAAAGGCUUGUUGGAAGCUGUUCCUAAGGUUUUCCCUGGUGCAAGAGUUAGGUAUUGUUUCAGGCACUUAUACAAGAACUUCAAGAAGUACUACAAGGACCCACCUUGCACAGUUCAUUGUGGAAUGCAUGCAAAGCUUACAAACAUAUGCAAAGAAAAUGCUGAUGCUGGUGAAUAUCUUAGGAAAGAAGAUCCAAGUAUUUGGUCUAGGGCCUAUUUUGAUCCCAUUAGCUGUUGUGAGCAUAUGAAUAAUAAUUUUUCUGAAUCUUUUAAUUCCAUGGCUUCUAAUAUGAGAGAUAAACCUAUAAUUCAACUAGGCAUGAUGUAUGGUCAGUUAGUAAUGGGUUUGUUCUUUAAGAGAAGGGAAGAAUCUGCUAAGUGGGAUGAAAAUGGAUUGGUCCCUGCUGCUGUUAAAUUAAUAAAUAAAAUGCUUGACUUGGUUGGUAAGUUCGAUGCAGAAGGCAGUGUCGUUGGACAAAUUUAUUUGGUAACUAAUGUGAUCACCAAGAAAAUCUUCACAGUGAAUAUUGUAGGCAAGCAAUGCACUUGUUUGCAAUGGCAGCUAAGGGGAUUCCCUUGUCAACAUGUUGUAUGUGCAUUGAAGCUGCUAAGGCCCAACUGGAAAGAGACCACAUACGCAGAUGUUGUCAAACCAUUAGAAGACAUAACUGAAUGGGUGUGGGAAGAUCAGCCAACCAUGGACGUCAACAUAAAGCCUCCUCCUUAUCAGAGAAAAACUGGAAGACCAUCAAAGAAGAGGAAGAGAAGUUAUGAUGAACCUGAAACUGUGGUGAAGAAAAAAAAGUGUGGAAAAUGUGGAUCUACUGCUGGUCACAACAAGAGAACCUGUACUGGUGGUGAUGUUGGUAAAAACCAAACUGGAUUCAAGCCAAGCACUGAGUAUGAUGCUGCAAACUGCACCUUCACUAGUAGAGAUCAGCCUGAAAGUAGCUAUGCAAGGGGUAAAGCAAAGGCAAACACAUCUAGAGGUACAUCAUCAUUUAUUGGUGACUCAUCUGCAGGACCUAGCACUCAUGGAAGACCACCAGCAGGACCUGGCACUAAUCAAGAUAAUCAAAAUUUCAGUCAGAUUUUUGCUGGUAUUGGAUAUGCAGGUGUUGGUUGGUUAGGUUUCUUUGUUGCUUUACACACUGAUUCUGGUCUGGACAUUUAUAUGUACCAGAAGUCAGUUUUAUUUUGA